AUUGUCAUUUGGCCCCACACCUCUACGGGCCUUGAGAGAAAAAUAAAAACAAAUGACCCAAGAAAGAAGCCAGUUCCGCAACAGCUGCCUGCGACAGACCGAUGAGUCGGCUCUUGCUGCCUAGGCUUUUCUCGAUCUCUAGAAAACAGGUUCUAGCUGCGUCAUCGUUCCGCAAUCAGUACGACGGACGUCACAGGAGCUUUGUUCAUUGGACGAGUGCUGCUAUGUCGCGUGCAACUGGUGGCUCCUCUGCUUCUGUAGCUACACCAUUUUGCUCCUUACAAGAUUUAUCAGCCAAAAAGUGUGUCCCAUGCAACGCUAAGGAUCUGCGCGCCAUGACUGAACAAAGUGCUCAAGAACUACUUCAAAAGGUUCCUGGAUGGGAUAUGGCUAAUGACAAUGGUACAUUAAAGCUGCAUCGGUCGUGGGUGGUGAAAAGUUUUACAAAAGGACUAGACUUCUUCAAACGUGUAGCUGAUAUCGCUGAAUCAGAAGGUCAUCACCCAGAUUUGCAUCUGGUAGGCUGGAAUAAUGUGAAGAUCGAUAUAUGGACACAUGCCAUAGUGUCAAGUGAUGUCUGAUUCGUGCAACAGGUGGUCUGACCGAGAAUGACUUCAUUCUUGCUGCUAAGAUCAACGAGCUCCAAGUGGAAGAUCUUUUGAGGAAGAAGAAAGUUGCCAAAUGAGGGAUGUUUUGGUAUACAAACUCUGUCAAACACAAUCUUUAGAUCUAUGCAAGAUGAGAAUAAAAAGUGAGCUAGAGUUAAUUUUGAUGUUUCGUCAGCGUUUAUGGUUCUUGUAAAGCUGUUUAUAUGUUCUUACAAUUUCAAAACCCACAAAUAAGGUAGUGUAGCUAUAAGUAUGGAAGCAAGCACCGUUUAUUCCAUAACAAAUUAAUACUUUCAUAUCUACAAUAAAGUAUGUUUGUUUA